AUGUUUUUACAUAUUUUUGUUUUGUUAAGCAUUCUUUUAACUACUUCAUUUGAAUAUAAAACUGAUUGUGAAGAUGAUCUUUCUCAACCAUGUACGGUUUAUUUGACUCCAUGGGAAGACGCAUUUACAAAACUUCUUGGAUCAAUAGAUCCUACUACAAAAAUGCUUUAUAAUAUUGAGAAUUUAGCUAAUAGUGUAGAACCAGACAGUAUUCAAGAAUUAAAUGAUAAGAUAAAAAAGCAUGUUGGACAAACUGAAAUUAAAACAUUUGCACAAAAAUUACCAGUUUUAUAUCGAUUUGGAAUGAAUAUUACGAUAGUUGAAGAUCUUAGUAAAGUAACUGUGCCAUCAGACUUGACAACAACAACAGAGACGACUAAAAGUUAUAGAAUAAGAACUACCACGCUUAAACCAACUUUCAAGAAAAAAGUUGUUAAUAUUGCAAAAAAAAAAUAUAAUAAGCUUGCUAACUUUAUCCAGUUUGAUUUAUAUCCAAAGAAAUAA